AUGUCCGAGAUCUCCUGCGAGAGCCUCGAGGCCCGCGCGGAUGUGGGCGCGGCGGCCGCCGGCUCCGGGGCCCGGUAUGCACGGGCCCGCCGAGGACGCCGGCCGCCGCACCGCGGCGUGCUCCGGGACCUGCGGCGCGACCUCCGCCGCGAGGCGCUCGCCGCAGCCGACGCGCUCCGCGAGGUGCGCGCGCGCGAGCUCGAGGAGGGCUUCGCCGAGGCGACGGAGGUGCGCCAGCGCGAGGUCUCCGAGCUCGAGGCGCGCGUCGGCGACGACGUCGAGGCCGCGCGCCGGAGCGCGUUCUCGCCGCCGUCGGCCGCGACGAACGCGCGCGCGGCCCAGGCCGUCGUCGCGCUCGAGGCCGUCGUCGGUGGCGCCCAGGACGUCGCCGUGGGCCGCGGCGACGGCGAGCUCUCGAGCGCGCCGGCCGUCGCCGCGCGGCGGGCCGGCGCCGCCGCGGCCGGAGCGCGUUUCGGAGCGCGCGCACGAACGCUGCGCUCUGGCUGGUCGAAGAAGAUACGCGUGUCCGUGAUGCCGCUGCGGUCCGCGAGCACGACGUCGACGGGCUGGGCGAGCUUCGCGAGGGUGUCGCGCGCGUCGCCGAACUGCGACGCGCUCUGCAUGUCGGUGGAGCGCGGCGUCGAGUUCGGUCCCGUCGCGGACGGCGGCGACUGCGGCUGCGAGGCCUGGCCCCUCGCGCGGGGCCACGCGGGCGGCCGCGGCGCGCCGGCGCCGUCCGUCGACGUGAGCCGGCAAGCGACGCGCGGCGGCCGCGCGGCGACGCGGCAGACCCACGUGCCGGACCGCCACCUCCGGGGCCUGCUGCCCGACGCGCUCCUCGACGCCUACGCCUUCUGGCGCAACGCCGACGACGCGUCGCUCUGCGGCUACGCGCGCGCGGCGCCCGCGGACGCCGUCGUCGUCGUCGCGCUCGACGGCGCCUCAGCUCGUGCACGCAGCACAUGCUGGCAUGGGCUGCCGACGCUCAGCCCCGUCCUGUCCUUCAACUGCACGACCUACGACACGCGCGUCCAGGUGCUCCAGGUCGACGACGACAGCGACAUGUACGGCGUCGCCAGCCUCGAGGUGACCACGGGCGAGUACGACAUCCUCUGGGACGUCGACUGGUUCGACGGCCACGUCAACGCCGUGGGCCUCUACGCGCCCGAGGGCGAGGGCACCUACGCCUGGGGCACCUUCGGCGGCUGCCUCUGCAAGUUCUACCGCGUCCGCACGCAGCGCCUCGACGCGCCCCUGGAGGAGGAGAAGCCGAACGUCGACGCGGUCCUGGGCGGCGACGACGACUACUCCAAGGACGUCGGCCUCGACGAGCGGGGCUUCUACUGGGUCGAGAACAUCCGGGACGACGAGCCCGUCUUCCACUCGGGCGUCGAGUUCCUCGUCUCCGAGGACCUGUACGAGGAGGCCGUGCUCGACGUCGCGACGGUCAGCGAGACCGGCGGCCAGGUCUGGAUCGACGACGACCUCGCCGACGGCCAAGUCUGGAUCGACGACGACCUCGUCGACGGCUCCUACCUCUUCCGCCUCGGCGGGGCCUUCGAGAUCUUCGUGGGCAAGAUCAUCACGGGCUCGGGCUACCCGGAGACCUACGCGGACGGCGACCAGGAGUUCGGCGCGGCCUUCACGUUCUACGACCCCCAGGGCGACGUCCACGUCCUCUUCUCGUCGAACCAGGGGUCGGGCGUGUACGAGCUCGCGCUGCCGAUCGCGAUCCCCGACGGCUGCUGGAACACGGGCGUCGACACGUCGUCGCGCGCCGGCUGCUCGGCCGCGGGCGCGCAGCCCAUCAACUACAUCGACCCGUCGGACGAGACGGACAGCAACGACGGCAUGGACUGCCCCUACGACCUCGAGAUGUUCGUCCCGUCGGCCGCGCCGACGCGCGGCCCGUCGUUCUCGCCCAUCGAGCCCUUCGACCGCGCCGCGCACAGCAACCCGGUCCAGGUGCUCCAGGUCGACGACGAGAGCGACAUGUACAGCGUCGCGGAGCUCGACGUGGCCACGGGCGAGUACGAGGUCCACGGGCGA